AUGUCACCCGGGGAAUCCUCGGAACCACGGUCUCUGAUUAUGUCACUUCCCGAAGACGUCAUCGUUGACAUCAUAGCGCGUGUACCAAGAUUCGACUAUCCAACACUUUCCCUCGUUUCUAAGCAUUUCCGGUCACUUGUUGCGUCGUCUGAGCUAUACGCGAGACGAUCCUUGUUGGAGUGCGCUGAACACUGUCUCUAUGUUUUCAUCUAUUGCCGGUGGUAUAUUCUCUGCCGCAAACCAGACGGCAAUCACCGCUUAGUCCUUAUCUCGUCGCUUCCCGCUUUGCAUGGCACUGAGAGCUUUGUCGUGGUUGGUUCGAGGAUAUAUGUGAUUGGUGGUGGGAUUCCAUCGAGUGCCUUUAGUAUCGACUGUAUAUCUCACACGGUGCAAAACCUCCCUAGUAUGCCUACACGCAUGACUCAUACAGUCGCUGGCGUCAUUGAUGGGAAAGUAUAUGUAACCGGAUAUGAUGUUCAUGAUCGAGAAAGGUCAUGGUGGCGUUUAAUACAGAAACACAAAUGUGGGAACCAGAUAUAA